AUGCCGAAACGCAAGCUUGAUUCAGAUACAGUCUCGCCCUCUCGGAGGAGCUCUAUAAACAACAAAGCGGCCGAAGCGGAUGACGGCGACGACUCCCUGCCUGGCAGUGAGCGCAAGGGUCAUACCAGUGCCGCGGCCAAAGGAGGGGUCGAGGUCGAAUUGCCGCCUGACGUCGAGUACUUCCCGAAUGUGGGUGCUUCUGCUAGACGUUCUACCCGCUCACCUCAGUUCCUGCGAGAUGACGGCGCAUACGAUGAGCUAGCAGCGCUCGAAACAUAUCACCCAACCCUCAAGGUGUACGGCAAGACACUCACGCAAUCUCGAUCGAUUGCGGCGUACGCGACGCACCCGAUGGAACUGAAGUACUCUGGCGCCGAGAUCGAUGUGCAUGUCCCGUUUCCGCCUGUUGUGGAGCGAGUAUGUGAGAAGGUCGAGGAGAAGCUGGGUGAGAAGUUCAAUCAUGUGCUACUGAACCGGCGGCUUCAAGCUGACCUCAGCUACGACGAUGGGUCAGUAUACAUCGGCCGACACAGCGACACGGCCGAGAACAAGGUCAUCGCGGCGGUAUCCCUCGGCUCGCCACGGACACUCGUCUUCACUCCUCGCCCUCCGCCGCGCUCCGUCAUGGGCACCUUGUCUACUGAGGAAAAGCGGGAACUCAAUGGCCGACGCAGUGUCAAACUAAGACUGGAGAGUGGGAGUCUGCUCGUCAUGCGGCCGCCGACACAGGACUACUGGAAGACCCAAUGGCAUUCCCUUUCAGGAGGUGAGGGGAAUGAAGGGCCCGGUAUGAGACGUGCAGCGGCCAAGCGGCAUCACGCCAACUCCCUCCUCGGCAAGAUUAUGAUGGACGUUCCGGCAGGGUUGGGGGGUCCCGAGCCCAAGUACACCAUCAUAUUCGGACAUGCUACUUGCAGCUGGCAGACACGGUUGACUAACCUCUCGUCACCUCCCCUCAGCCAGUGCGGAGCCCCGGGGCGCGACGCGUUUGUUUUCGUCAUGUCUGAGAAGCCCUCCUCUCAUCCUUCCUCACCAUUCACAAUCGCUAUGCCUCCCCGCUCCGCCGAGGACUCUGCGUCGAACGACGACAAGAAACCCCGCACCUCUGCGUCGAGCGAGGACGUCCCCGACCCGACGAAAGUGCAGGAGAACGCCGAGGGAGACGAGUACGUCUCGCUGAGCAAGACGCGGCGCGUGACUGUGCGCGAUUUCAAGGGCAAGACUUAUGUUGAUCUUCGUGAUCACUAUGUCGACAAGAACAGCGGCGAGAUGAAGCCGACGGGCAAGGGCAUCAUGCUCACGCUCGAGCAGUGGGAUGCGCUCAAGGCGGCCAUGGGCGCAGUCGACGGGAUGCUGCACGACCAGAAGAACCGCAAGUAA